UGGUGGUUAAGUCGGAUCUCUCAAACAGACCUGGCAACUCCACUCUUAUUUUAUCGGAAACGAAAGUGAAACUAAUCUGUAUCUGUUCAGUCCGAGGGCGGAUCUGUUUCAUAUCGUUUCCCCUUUUCGUCAGACACACCUGUUUUCCACGCGGCUUUUACAGACUGAACCAGGAAGUGUGAGCUGCUGUAAGUGACUGUGUGAGUUUAUUUCUCAGUAAAAUGGCAGAAGCGAAUAUUUCAGUAGCUCAGGAUCAGUUCAGCUGUCCAAUCUGUCUGGAUCUAAUCAAGGAUCCAGUAGCUAUUUCAUGUGGACACACUUUCUGUAUGGUGUGUAUUAAUGGCUGCUGGGAUCAGGAGGAUCAGAAGGGAGUCUAUAGCUGUCCUCAGUGUAGACAAACCUUCACUCCAAGACCUGUUGUGGGUAAAAACAGCAUGCUGGCUGAAGUAGUGGAGACACUGAAGAAUACAGUACUCCAAGCUACACGUCCUGCUCACUGUUCAGCUGGACCUGAAGAUGUGGAGUGUGAUUUCUGCAUUGGGAGAAAAUCCAAAGCCAUCAAGUCCUGUCUGGUGUGUCUGGCCUCUUUCUGUGAAACUCACCUCCAGCCUCACUAUGAAUCUCCUGCCUUUAAGAAGCACAAGCUGGUGGAAGCCUCCAGACGACUCCAGGAGCAGAUCUGCUCUCAGCAUGACAAAGUGCUGGAGGUUUACUGUCACACUGAUCAGCAGUGUAUCUGCAUGUUGUGUACCAUGGAUGAACAUAAAGGACAUGAUACAGUAUCAGCUGCAGCAGGACGAGCUGACAAACAGAAGCAGUUGUUGGAGAUGCAGGGAAACUCCAAGCAGAGAAUCCAGGAGAGAGAGAAGCAGCUUCAGGAACUAAUAAAGGCUAUGGAGACUCACAAGCUCUCUGCACAAACAGCAGUGCAGGAAACCGAGAGGAUCUUUACGGAGCUGAUCAAAUCUAUUGAGAGAAGAUGCUCUGAACUGACAGCGCUGAUCAGAGCUCAGGAGGAAGCUGCAGUGGGUCGAGCUGAAGAAGUCAUGAAGCAACUGGAGCAGGAGAUCGCAGAGCUGAAGAGGAGAGAUGCUGAAAUGGAGGAGCUUUCACACACAGAAGAUCCUGUCCAGUUCCUCCAGAGUUUUCAGUCUGUCGCAACCCCAACUGGAUCUUCGAACUUGCCCACCAUCACGUUCAGCUCUACUCUAACUUUUGAGGAUGUAAUAACAUCUGUGUCUCAGCUGAGAGAGAACGUUGAAGAGUGCAGUAACACUGAGUGUGAGAAGAUAUCAAGUGGAGUGAGGUAUGUCCAGAUCUUAUCACCUCCACCUCCUCGUAUGACUAUGCAGAAGCUAUAUAUGCAGGCCUGGAAGUUGCAUCACCAGCAAUAAAACCGUAUGGUUAUGGAACGCCGAAAGCAAGAUUUUCAAUGACUCGGCAAAUGUGAGAAACCUGCAGAUCACCAACUAGUGAUACUCUGUGAUACUCUACAGAACUCCUCAGUCUGCAAUCUCUCUCUCUCUCUCUCUCUCUCUCUCUUUGUCAUUUAAACACAGUUUCUCUUCUCACAUGUGCAUAGUGUGAAAUAAUCAGUGUAAUCGUUAUUGGAAUGAAUAACAAUUUAAGGAUGUUUAUCUCGGAUUUGUUGAUAUAUAUUGAUGAAAUACUUACAAAUGUAUUAGUGCUUUGCUUUUGGUGUCUCUUACACAAAAUAUAUUCAUGUAGUUUUAGUAGUUUUCCAUUUUUUCAGACAGAACAAUUAAAGAACUUUAAGUAUGUAUUUGACUAGAAAGUUUGACUUGUUAAACGCUCUAGCUCCUCAGCCAUAUGUAUGGAAAUCCAUAUUCAGAUUUGACAUUAUACUUCAAAAACUCAUUUUACAAUGUUUUGCUAGUAUGUAACAUUAAAAAACAACUUAGCAACUGUUGAUAUUAAUAUGAUUUCGGUUUCUUCAUUACUUUAUUAAAACCAUUAUUGUCUAGUACUUGCAUUUACAAAUAAACAAUUUUAAUUCUUAACAUUUGCAUUAUGGAAACUGCAUCCUAUGCUUUCACUUUAUUUAAAGCCAUCAAUGAUGCAUUUAUAGAGGUUAUUAUUUGUAUUAUAACUCACAAUAAGUAUUUAUAAUGCAGCACAACACAUCUAUCAACAAUAUAAAAUAAUUCACUUAUUGGACAUAGAAAUGAAUAUGUAUUACUAAUAAGUCAUUAUAGCUACAAUAUAAUAACAUCAUAAAAAUGCAGGCUGUAUUUUUAUGAAUACAUUAAUGGAACCAUAAGACUAAUUAAUACUUAUAAAUUGGUGUAUAAUGCAUUAUGAGCAUGGGCACUGAAAAAGCAAGUUUAUCGCUUAUAAGUAAUUAUACCAAUAAUAUAAAUGUAGCAAUAACUUAUUAUAAUGAAGUGUAGGUCUUGAUAAAUGUGUUUAAAGAGCAGUAAUUCUUGCUUAUAAAUAAUUAUAAACGAGGCUAUAAUUCAUUAUAAGCAUGGGCUUCAUAGAAAUCGUUACCGAACUUUCUAUCGGUGGUGUUCUUCUGUUGAUGAAAGGUGUAGUAAUUUUCAUAUUAGGAAAAGUGUCAUAGUGGAUCAGAGAUGUUUCCUUAAAGCAAAAGUCAAAUGGAAUUUGAUGUCUUGUGCUUAUUGUAGACCGUCUUUAAGCAUAUAUUUUACUCCUCAAAAUGUAAAAGAUGAUCUUGUAAUAAUUGUCCUGAGAAAUGUAAAAGAGUUGUUACACAUAACGUUUUCUCUGCGUUAUUCUGAUGCAGAAGUUUUUAUUAAUACAUUUCCAGGUUUAAAAUAAGGUUUCUUUGCAUAAAAUUUUGAAAUAUAAUAUUUUCAAAGCUCUAAUUGAAUGACACAAAUAACUGUGUUGUGAUAGAAUCUGAAAUCAGUAGUGCUGUACAAUUAUUUUGUAUUCAUUUAAAUAUUCUGAAAUUUUACAAAAAAAUAUCCUUUUGAGAUUGUUAAUUUGUAUAACUUUGUUUGUUUGUUUGUCUGUUUGUUUUAAAAAAUAUAUAUUUUUAAUUGCUUAAAAAGGUUGCUUUUUAAAGCCACAAACUGUCUCCUUACUCUCUUCUCAAGAUUCCCUAAAGUGUUUCUUCCUCACGUCGUCUCUGGAUUUGUGUCACCGAGUCACUUAGACUUGAUACUCUGUCAACUGUGUCA